CUGCGCCACCCGCCCGCCGCGCGCCCAUGUCUCUGCCCGUGGUGCUCCCGGGUUCCUGCUGCCCGGUGGCCGGGCUGUCGGGCGGACCUCAGGCCGGGGGUCCUGGCGUCGCGACCGCCGCCGCACAGGAGCCGCCCCUGCCCCCGCUGCGGCCGCGCUGGCCCCGGGGCGCACUGCAGCCUCCAGCCCGGCCCCGCUGCGCCCCCGCCGCUGUGCUGGCCCCGCCACCCGCGCUCGCGUCCCGCCGCCCCGCGGCGCCUGGCUCCGCGCUGCUGCCGGCGCGCCCACUGCUGUCGCUCGGGCUGUUGCAGCUGAUCCUGGGCUGCUGCAUGGUGGCGCUCAGCUUCGGGGCACUGUCGCUGAGCAGUUCACCGCAGGUGAAGAACUCGUGCCCGUUCUGGGCCGGCUCCUCGGUGAUACUCUCUGGAAUCAUUGGAUUGACAACCUGGAAAAGGCCUAUGAUACUGCUGGUAAAUCUUUUUGUGCUGCUCUCUGUGGUUUGCAUCCUCUUAAAUCUGGCAGGAUUCAUCCUGGGCUGUCAAGGAGCACAGUUUGUAUCCAGCGUGCCCAGAUGUGACCUGGUGGACUUGGGUGAAGGCAAGAUCUGCUUCUGUUGUGAAGAAUUUCAACCAGCCAAAUGCACAGACAAAGAAAAUGCCUUGAAACUCUUUCCAGUUCAACCUUGCAGUGCUGUUCAUCUCCUGCUUAAGAAAGUUCUGUUUGCCCUGUGUGCCUUGAAUGCCCUGACCACCACAGUGUGUUUGGUGGCUGCUGCCCUGCGCUACCUCCAGAUCUUCGCCACCAGAAGGCCAUGUAUUGAUGAGUCCCAAAUGUCUACAGAAGAAGUGGAAGAGCAUGGACGGAUUCCAGACCCAGACGACUUUGUGCCGCCGGUGCCUCCCCCCUCCUACUUUGCCACAUUUUACUCCUGCACACCAAGGAUGAACCGCAGGAUGGUUGGUCCUGAUGUCAUCCCACUGCCACAUAUCUACGGAGCACGAAUCAAGGGUGUGGAAGUGUUCUGUCCUCUGGACCCCCCACCUCCUUAUGAAGCUGUGGUGAGCCAGAUGGGCCAGGAGCAGGAAUCUUCAUUCCAAAUGCCAGAAGGACCAGAGGCUGCUGCGAGCCCAUCGGAGCCAGUUUGCACACAAAUAACUCAAGGUGGGGCUCCUCCUAACCCUCCUAACACGGAUGGUGAAGAAAGCACAUCUGCAUCAACUCCUGUUUCCAACCUGAUGCAACCUCCGAGAAGCCAGAGGGCCCUCCCACCACUGAGGACAAGGUCAAAGAGCGAUCCCUUGCUUCACCAUUCAGAGGAGAGAGCUACCCCAGUGCUCAGCUGUGAAGCUGCCACUCAGACAGAAAGAAGGCUAGAUCUGGCUGCGGUGACUCUGAGGAGAGGCGUGCGACCAAGGACAUCACGAUGCAGACCCCGCUCUUUGAUAGAUUACAGGUCUUACAUUGACACCAAGCUGCUAGUGGCCAGGUUCCUGGAGCAGUCCUCCUGCAGCAUGACUCCGGACAUCCAUGAACUUGUAGAGAACAUAAAAUCCGUUCUUAAGUCUGAUGAGGAGCACAUGGAGGAAGCCAUCACAAGUGCCAGUUUCCUGGAACAGAUAAUGGCCCCACCGCAGCCCAGCACUUCCCAGGCCCAUGUGCUGACCUCGAGGCGACAGCCGGGCCUGCUGCACCUGCGCAGCUGUGGAGACCUGAGCACCUUUUCCCUGACUGGAAGGCCUAGGGAGGAGAGGAGGCCCCAGCAGAGAGCGGAGGCUGAGCGGCCACACAGCCUCAUCGGUGUCAUUCGAGAGACUGUCCUGUGAACUGAGGGACAAGGAGGGCCAGUCCAAAGGAAGGGUGUUCUUAUUCAGAACUGUUCACUGUCUAGGAGUUGGGGGUCCCCCUGGGAAGCUCUCAGCAGAGGUCCUUGAGAGAACACUUAUUGCUACUCUUUGACUACUUUUUUUUUUUGCUGACGAGGCACUAAGGUCUGGUCUGUGCGCUCCCAGGUGGAGGUGAAGGCAGGGAGCUCUCCAUUGUUUGCUGUCUCUUGCAGCAUCCCAAGGGGCACACAUUGGGUGAGCAGAAAACAAGCUCAGGAGUCUUCGCCUGCCUUGCCCCCUCUGGCUCUUGUUGUUGCCAAGUUCAUUCCCUUGCUGUAAGCAGAGACCUGCUGGGCUAUUUAUAGCUGCCUGUGGCCUCUGGCUGCUCAGUGAGAGGAGUUGGCAGGAGAUGCGAUGAUUAACCCCAUGUGACUGCAGUCAUCCAGCCUCCUCUGGGUUACUCUCCAAUCCCAUCCUCCUUAGGAGACCUGCUAAUUGGUGAUUUUUUUUUUAAAUGAAGGGCAUUGAGGGAGAGGACUAUGGUUGGUUCCAUUUACUCAUGCUUGCAAACUAGAACACCUAAGAGAGAACAGAGAAUAAAGUGUUGACUUUGGAA